UCUACUUCCUCCUCAUCCUCAUCAGCAGCAGCGCCAUCCUCAUCCUCCGGAGAGCGACAGGCGCGUCUUGCGAAGCUUUCCCGCCAAAGACGAGCACCCCCCCCCCAAAAAAAAAAAAAAGAUGGAGGACGGCUACCAAAACCGGACGGCCUUCAUCAAAGGCGCCAAAGACAUCGCCAAAGAAGUCAAGCGGCAGGCGUCCAAGAAGGUGGGCCGCAGCGUGGACCGGGUCAGCGACGAGUACAGCCGCCGCUCCUACAGCCGCUUCGAGGAGGACGACGACGACGGCUACCCGGCGCAGGACGGCGGCGGCGGCGGCUACUACCGCGGCGACAGCAAGGCGGCCGACGACGACGAGGGCGGCCGCAGCGACUCCACCGAGGGCCACGACGAGGACGACGAGAUCUACGAGGGCGAGUACCAGGGCAUCCCCCGGGCCGAGUCGGGCAAAGGCAGCCUGGCCGGCGGGCCCGGCUCGGUCCCGCGGCCGUUCCGGGACGCGGCGGCGUCCGAGGCGGAGAGGCGGAAAGACCAGGAGGAGCUGGCGCAGCAGUACGAGAGCAUCCUGCAGGAGUGCGGCCACGGAAAGUUCCAGUGGACGCUCUACUUCGUGCUGGGCUUGGCGCUCAUGGCCGACGGCGUGGAGAUCUUCGUGGUGGGCUUCGUCCUGCCCAGCGCCGAGAGGGACAUGUGUCUGUCCGAGCCCAACAAGAGCAUGCUGGGUCUGAUCGUGUACUUCGGGAUGAUGGUGGGGGCCUUCCUGUGGGGCGCCAUGGCCGACCGGAUCGGCCGCCGCCAGUCCCUCCUCAUCUCGCUGUCCAUCAACAGCGUCUUCUCCUUCUUCUCGUCCUUCGUGCAGGGUUACAGCACCUUCCUCUUCUGCAGGCUCCUCUCGGGCGUCGGAAUCGGAGGCUCCAUCCCGAUCGUGUUCUCGUACUACUCGGAGUUCCUGUCGCAGGAGAAGCGAGGCGAGCACCUCAGCUGGCUCUGCAUGUUCUGGAUGAUCGGCGGCAUCUACGCCUCGGCCAUGGCGUGGGCCAUCAUCCCCCAUUACGGUUGGAGCUUCCAAAUGGGCUCGGCCUACCAGUUCCACAGCUGGCGCGUCUUCGUGCUGGUGUGCGCCUUCCCCUCGGUGGCCGCCAUCGCCGCCCUCAACGCCAUGCCCGAGAGCCCCCGCUUCUACCUGGAGAACGGCAAGCACGACGAAGGCUGGAUGAUCCUCAAGCAGGUGCACGACACCAACAUGCGAGCGAAGGGGCGCCCGGAGAAAGUCUUCACCGUGACCACCAUCAAGACGGUGAAGCAGAUGGAUGAGCUGGUGGACAGCGGCACCGACACCCCCGUCUGGCAGCGCUACCGCCUCAAGAUCAAGAGCCUCUCCCGACAGAUCCGGAAUAACAUCCUGGCCUGCUUCAGUCCGGAAUACAAGCGGACCACUUUCAUGCUCAUGGCUGUUUGGUUCACCAUGUCGUUCAGCUACUACGGCCUGACCGUUUGGUUCCCGGACAUGAUCAAGUACAUCCAGAAGCAGGAGUACGAGUCCCGCACCAAGACCUUCAGCAAGGAGCACGUGGAGCUCGUCACCUUCAACUUCACGCUGGAGAACCAGGUGCACCGUCAGGGCUACUACUUCAAUGACAAGUUCCUGAACCUGAAGAUGAAGUCAAUGGUUUUCGAGGACUCGGUGUUUGAGGAGUGCUACUUCGAGGACAUCACGUCCACGCACACCGUCUUCCGCAACUGCACCUUCAUCGCUAGCUUGUUCUACAACACGGACUUGUUCAAGUACAGGUUUGUGAACUGCAAGCUGGUGAACAGCACGUUCCUGCACAACAAGGAGGGCUGCAUGCUGGACUUCAGCGACGACUUCAACAACGCCUACAUGAUCUACUUCGUCAACUUCCUGGGGACGCUCGCCGUGUUGCCCGGCAACAUCGUUUCCGCUCUGCUCAUGGACAAAAUCGGACGUUUGAGGAUGCUGGCGGGGUCCAGCGUCAUCUCGUGCGUCAGCUGCUUCUUCCUGAUGUUCGGCAACAGCGAGUCGGGCAUGAUCGCCCUCUUGUGCCUCUUCGGCGGCAUCAGCAUCGCCUCCUGGAACGCUCUGGACGUCAUCACCGUGGAGCUCUACCCGUCUGAUAAAAGGACCACGGCCUUCGGAUUCCUCAACGCCCUCUGCAAGUUGGCAGCCGUGCUGGGCAUCAGCAUCUUCCAGUCCUUUGUGGGCAUCACCAAGGCCGUGCCCAUCCUGUUUGCCGCCGGCGCGCUGGCCGCAGGUAGCUUCCUCGCCACCAAGUUGCCCGAAACUCGAGGCCAAGUGCUACAGUAGUGACCCGGAGCACCGGCAGGGGGGCGGGGGG